GCCCCGCCCUCUCUGUGACGUCACUCGCCGGUCUCCAGGCAACGACCCUGCAGCGCAGCGGGCCGGGCUGGCUUUGGCGGUCCGGUCAUGGCUCUGCCACUGCUGCCCGGCUUCUCCGUCGGCCGGAACUUAGGGAAAGAAAAGUUCCACAAAUCGCAGCACUGGGGCUACUGCAAUAAUGUUGCUAUGCUGCUUGCAGAAGAUAAACCUGGAAUAGGAGGUGAACCAUUACCUGGGCAGAAACUGAAACCUAAAACCAGUGUGUUUCCAGCAGAGCUCGGAUGUGGUGCUCCUGCCUGGAUAGCAUUUGACAAACAGACAGUUGAAGAGUACUACCCAACUAAUUUAAUCUCCCCAGGUAUUGUCUUUUGAUGCCUAUUUUGAGGAAGAAGUGCCUGAUAAAAAUCAAGAACUAUAUAGAAUAAGACAUUGUAAAAUAUAUUUCUACCCUGAAGAUGAUACAAUUCAAGUGAUUGAACCCCAAGUGAAAAAUAGUGGCAUAAUUCAAGGUAUGU